GGGCCUCUCCCGCACCCGGCGGCCGCCCCGCGGGACACCACCAUGCGCCCGGGCUAGCGCGCACCCGCCGCCGGCAUGCUGCGUCCGCUGCUGCUCGCUGCGCUCUGCCUGGCCGGCCGUCCGGCGCCCGCCCGUGCCUGCCAGCUGCCCUCCGAGUGGAGACCCCUGAGUGAGGGCUGCCGCGCCGAGCUGGCCGAGACCAUUGUGUACGCCAAGGUGCUUGCGCUGCACCCCGAAGUACCCGGCCUCUAUAACUACCUGCCAUGGCAGUCCGACGCCGGCCAAGACGGACUCUUUUACUCGGCCGAAGUGGAGAUGCUGUGCGAUCAGGCGUGGGGCAGCAUGCUGGAGGUGCCCGCCGGCUCCAGGCUCAACCUCAGCGGUCUUGGCUACUUCUCGUGCCACUCGCACACCGUGGUCCAGGACUACUCCUAUUUCUUCUUCCUCAGGAUGGAUGAAAACUAUAACCUCUUGCCUCACGGAGUUAAUUUCCAAGAUGCCAUCUUUCCAGACACUCAGGAGAACAGGAGGAUGUUUUCCAGCCUUUUCCAGUUUUCCAACUGUUCCCAUGGGCAGCAGCUGGGUACUUCCUCCAGUGACUGGGAGAUCCAGGAAGACAACCGGCUCAUGUGCUCCUCGGUGCAGAAGGCCCUGUUUGAAGAAGAGGACCAUGUCAAGAAGCUGCAGCAGAAGGUGGCCACGCUGGAGAAGCGGAACAAGCAGCUCCGGGAGCGCGUCAAGAAGGUCAAACGCUCCCUGCGGCAAGCACGCAAGAAUGGCCGCCACCUGCAGCUGGUAAACCAGAAGCUCAGCGAGAAGCUGGCGGCUGCUGCAGCACCACUACACUUCAAUGCACUGGGGCGGGAGCCCGCGCGUGCCCCCUACCUGCGCGGGUAG